AUGGGUCGCCUACACAGCAACGGCAAGGGUAUUUCCUCCUCCGCCAUCCCCUACUCUCGCGCCGCUCCGGCCUGGCUCAAGACCACCCCCGACGCCGUGGUCGAUCAGAUUUGCAAGCUCGCGAAGAAGGGCGCCACCCCGUCGCAGAUUGGUGUUGUCCUCCGAGAUAGCCAUGGAAUCGCGCAGGUGAAGGUUGUCACUGGUAACAAAAUCCUCCGGAUCCUCAAGGGCAACGGCCUCGCACCCGAAAUCCCCGAGGACCUCUACAUGCUCAUCAAGAAGGCCGUCUCCGUGCGAAAGCAUCUCGAGCGCAACCGCAAGGACAAGGACUCCAAGUUCCGCCUCAUUCUCAUCGAGUCCCGCAUUCACCGCCUGUCGCGAUACUACAAGACUGUGGGUGUGCUGCCGCCGACGUGGAAGUACGAGAGCGCGACUGCCAGCACGCUCGUGGCAUAG